AUGAUAUGGUUAUGGAAUAAAAAAACACCAAAAAAUUAUUACUAUGUAUGGUAUUUAGGUGCAAGGGAAACAGAUUCCCUUCGAAAUGAAGAAGUGACAAAAUAUUUAAUGAAAGAACAAUUACAAAAUUGUUAUGUUAAAAUAGGUAAUAAGGCUACUAUAUCAUUAUCAAAGAAAGGUUUAAAAUUAAUUCAAACUAUACCAAUGAUGGAUAAAAAUGGAUAUAUUAAGAUGAAAACUAUGUAUAUUAAUGUUCCAGCACAUUGUAUAGCAUUUUCUAUGGUUGGAAAUAUGCCAUUUAAUGAUACUGUAGCAGUAACAAUGAUUAUACUAAAUCCUGAGAUGCACUCACCAAUUCAUUUACAUGUUUAUAGAUGUGAUUCAUCACAAAUUGCACAAACAAUGCAUGAAAAAAUACAAUAUUUAAUUAGUUUAUCUAAUAAUCAAAGACUUCUUUAUAAUUUGGAACAACGGUUGUAUUUAAAAAGUACAAUUAACAAUUCAAGAUAUUUAUGUGAAUUUGAUGCAAAUAAUUUUAUUAAAAAAAAUACUAUAAUAAAUAAUUUUGUUAGAAAAAAUUCUAUUGAAGGACAAAAAUCAAGAUCACGCCAUUCAAUUGCAGCAUUGCCAUAUAAUUAUGGUAUCUCAAGUAGUGAUAAGAAUUUGAAUACUAAUUUAUUCAAUUUAUCACAAGAAAAUAAUAGAAUAAGUAUGGAAAAUUCAUUAAAUUUAUUUAAUAAUUAUUAUGAUACAAAUAUUACCUCAAAAAGAUUAUAUAUUAAAGAAAAAAAUAAUACUUAUAAUGGAGGGGGUCAGAUGUCUUCAUUAAAAAAAUUGUUUAAAAAAAAAAGAUUACCUAUUUCAAUGUUUAAUAAUAUUAAUGAUUAG